AUGAGUGAGGGGAUCAGAACCCUCCUGCAGAAUGUUUCAGUGGUCAGCGUGGCGGCUCAUCCUCCUUCUCCUUCUAAUUCUUUCCCCCGCAGCACGGACCUGGCGCGGGUAUGGGCGAUCAUCCCGCGCACCAUCUUCCUCAACUUUCCGACGGCGGCAAUGCUCGGGAACGUCCUGGGGCUGCAGAGUAACUCGAUGGCCGCCGCCGUCGCCGCCGUGCUCAUCUUCGGCUGGCCCUUCCUCCUCUUCGCCCUCUACGUCUCCCUCAUCGUCCUCUACCCCAACAGGCGGAGCGGCAGCGACUUUGAAAAGACGGUGUCGAGCAUGGUGCAGUCCUGGACCCACAUGGCGUACACGGCCGAGGACCACUUCCUCAACUUUAUGGAGGACAUGACUGACCCCGGCCAUCACGGCCACCACGGCCACCAUGACCACCAUGGCCAUCAUGGCCACCACAGCCAUCAACACCGCAUUGACCACGAAUACGACGACCCUCAGACCAUCUACUUUGACCCCAUCGAGCACUACGACGACCACGGCAACCGAGAGAAAAACGACUUCCAUACGCGAGACGACACCUUCCUCGGUGUUCCGGUUGGGACGUUUGAUACUCACCGGUACGUGUCCGUGGAGGACGAGGAGUGGACCGGAGACAUCAAUCGAAUGACCAACCCUAUCGGCUUCAUCAAAGCUCCGCCACAGCGGCUUGACAUUCACAGAUACGUGUCAGUGGAGGACAAGGAACAGCCGGGCGGCAUCACUCGUAUGACCAAUAUUUUCGGUUUUCACGACAAUAUUCCUGACGGGGAGAAAAUUAUGCACCUGAACACGGUCCUCGGCGGGACGCACCCACACGGCACACACAGUUUCCAGGCCCCGUUGGGCGUCGCGAAUGACUUGGCCCCGCCACACGAGGCUCUCCACCCGCAGCCUCACAUACUGCACCAUCCACACCCACAACAACAAGACAACCGGUAUCAGCCCCUCCUCAUACAAAGUCCCUUCCUUCCUACGCGGGGCCCCAGUGUCAUCAGAUUCGAGGACGAGCAGUCGCCCCCUGGAGAUGGACUCCCACACCCGCGCUUCAGACCCUCUCCUCUCGUGGAAGGGUCGCAGCAUGACCAGUGGGUGGCGGGUGAACAUCCAGGGGCGAACUCAGCUGAGACUGACGCGGAUGUAGGAGAGACAAACCAGACCUUACAAGCGACGGAAGACCAAACAACGACGAGGACGGAAGACAAACAGGAACAGACGACGAAGACGACAACGACAAAGAUGCAGGAUGAUGUUGAAGCAUUCGGGAUUUGAAGUUAAUUAGUCUAUGCGAUUUCAUGUAGUAAUUCCCCCCCCCCCCACACACACCUCCCACCCAACCCCAGAAAAAAAAGACAUACAGGAAAAGAUGAAAAAAAGAACUGGAAUGCGCAUUGAUUUAAUUCCGAUCCUUAGAUAGGUAAUUAUAAUGGAUAUUUAAAAACGGUACAAAUACAUUUCCUGGUAACAAAGCAAGUGAGGGCACGCGAAGAUAGAUACAUUUAGAUUAUGAUUAAAAUAGUUGACAUUCACACAUAAUCAGGUUAGAGAAUUAAUGAAAGAAAGCGACAACUUGGCAGCUUCGUCGCUCAUAGGAAUACGACUGAAGGUUGCAAAAGGAGGUUGAGCAAUGUGUGGAUGAGGAUGACGGAUGGCACCUAUGAAAGGGUUGACAGUUGUUGGCUUCUGAAAGAGUAAAAAGUUCUUGCAGACUCUUUGCAUCGUGAGUGUUUACAAUUAUGAUUAUCAGUGUGACUAUUCUUUUAUACUAUUUGACUACCGCUUUGUUUGUGUGUGUCAGUCUGCUAGCAUUCAUAUCAGUGUCUGUCUGUCUUUUUGUUUGUCUCUCUGUAUAUUUAUCUGUCUCCUUAUUAAUCUGUGUCUGUCUGUCUAUAUGUUUGUAUGUGAAUAUGUCUGUCUAUUUGUCUGUCUGCCUGCCUACCUGUCCGUUUGUCUGUCUGUUUGCUUGUCUGUCUAUUGCGCCGUGAAAAAAAAAAACUGAAAACAAAAAUGACGCAUGAAAUUAAAUACAAGUCGACGACGAUUACCUAAACAAACAAGUAAACAGAAGCAGGUCGGGAAUAAUAAAAUAACAACCCGGUAAAAGA